AUGAAUCAGCAAAGAAGAGAUGGAGGAAUUUUCAAUUGUUUUAUUGAUGAUGAAAAUAAAUUAAACACUGGCCAAGACACCUUUCUUAACUGCAUAAAUUAGUUAAACAAGUAUUCAAAACUAGAAAAUUAUAACCCCCUAUCUAUACCUAUUCUGGAGGUAUUGAAUUAUUAUCAAAUUUAAAAAUUUAAAGACUUGAUGGCAAUAGACAAAGCUAUUUCCUACGAUUGCAUAUCUCAUCAAUUCAUAACAAAUUGCAGAUGGGAAAUACUUAAAGAUGUAUGGAAACCUGAGACUUUUAAAAUUAAUAAAAAAUUAGGAUGGGCAAGAUUACUGCCACCGAACAAAGUUUAUCCAAAAAUUUCUAAAAAGGAAUAAUUCAGACUCUUAGUCAUUUUAAGCCCUUUGUUUAAAUUUUUAGAGUUAAGAUUUCAUGAAAAACUCUAGGAGUACCUUAAAAUGGAAUAUUAAAACCUUAGACUGGAUUCUUUAAUGGACUAGGAACCUAACUUAAUAUUUACUUAUUACUAGAUAGAAUCAAAAAGACAAAAAGAAAACUUCAUAAAGUUUUAAUCUUCAUUGAUUUCACAAGCACUUACAAUACUAUUGACAGAAAUAUGGUUUAUAAAAUUCUAAAAAAAAUGACAUCCUUCAACAAAAUGAAGUUUAAUUCCUAGAAUCCUUGCAUAGUAGGAUGAUUUUCGUUAAUCCAUAAAAUUAAAAAGAAAAAUUUUACUUUUCGAAUGGAGCACCUUAGGGAUCCCCUAUCUCACCUGUAUAUUCAAUAUAUACCUAGAUGAAUUUCUAAGAGAAUUGAUUUAAGAAAAUAUGGGAAUAUAAUUUUUCGGAAAUGCAGAUGAUCUAGUUCUAGAAACCAAUUUGAAAUAAAUGAAGAGACUCAUCAAGUCAGUUAUCAAAUAAGCUAAAAAAUGGAAUCUUAUUCUUAACAAGAAAAAGUUGUAUAAUCCCAAUCUAGUUUACAAUUCCAAAAGAACACUCAAAUGAUAUUCCAAUUCUUUACAAAUAUAAAUACUUAAGAAUUGAAAUAAAUCAUAAAGGGAGUAAUAGUCCUCAUUUAAAUAAAAUAAAUCAAAAACUAAACUAUUUCAACUUAAAUCUAAUGAUUAUAUCAGCAAAAAUGAACUUUACUUAGCGUUUAGAACUAUUUCAGAUAUACAUCGUACCCCUCUUUUUAUAUUGUGCCAUAGCAGCCUUCUUCAACAAUAAAUAACUCAACAAAUAAACAAUUAAUAUAAGAAAAAAAUAUUUAAAUAAUUAACAAGACUGCUGAAAAGCACUUCAGAUGAAUUUGUAAAUAUAUUUUGUAAAAACUAUCAUCAUAUCAUAUUACAACAAAUUAAGAGCACAAUGGAUUAACUAUAAACCAGAAAAUUAAUAGAACCUGAGUAAGAAAAUUGUAUUUAUCAACAAAAUACUAAAUUACUAGAUAAUGAGAAGAUAACCCUUUUAAAGAGUCCUAUGAAAUCCAGAGAAUAUUAACUCAUAAUUCAAAUUUGA